GAAAGGUUUGAGGAUGUUAGGAUAAGGGACGAGAUUGACGAGAAGCUGGGGUUCGUUAAGUACCAGGAAGGGCCGAAAAAGAUCGGCUGGAUGGUCAACAUGCACCCGACUCUCGUCAAGGACGACGAUUAUGCUGGUGGGAAAGCAGGUGUGGACUUCUACUUCCUGCAAGAUGACGGUGGAAUGUUCAAGUGCACGAUGCUUUAUGAGCCGUACUUCUACAUCGGUGUCAAGAAUGGCCAUGAGACGACUGUCGAAGAAUGGCUCAUGAAGCGGUACGAGGGUCUCAUCUCUCGAAUCUCCCGUGAAAAGAAAGAAGAUCUGAAGAUGCCAAACCACUUGCUAGGCUACCGGCGUCUCUACCUUCAGCUGUGCUUCCGCAACGUAUCCGAUCUCCUUACCGUGCGACGCGACAUGCUUCCUCUUGCUCAAAGCAACCAGUCCAAGGCCAGUGCGAUCGAGGCGUAUGCCGAAGUUGUCGGAGCGGCGGAUAUGGGUAUCGAGAUGGAGAUGACGGAUGGAGUCGCCCCAGAAAUUCGCGGUGGACGGAAAGUCGAGCCCGAAGAAUGUAUUCACGAUAUCCGAGAGUAUGAUGUUCCUUAUUACCUGCGCGUGGGUAUCGAUAAAGACAUUCGUGUGGGAAAAUGGUACACCGUCACCGCUGCUUCUGGUGAGAUCACUCUCGCAGAGAUGCCUGAGCGAGUGGCUCGUGCAGAGCCUGUCGUCCUCGCUUUUGAUAUCGAGACAUCGAAAGCGCCUCUGAAGUUCCCCGAUCAGAGUCUGGACCAGAUCAUGAUGAUUUCAUACAUGAUCGAUGGACAAGGAUUCCUGAUUACCAACCGCGAAAUAGUCAGCGAAGAUAUUGACGACUUCGAGUACACUCCGAAAGAAGGCUUCGAAGGACCAUUUACGGUGUACAACGAGAAAGACGAAGAGGCGCUUAUUCGACGCUUCUUCACGCAUAUCCAAAGUGCUAAACCCACCGUCAUCGCGACGUACAACGGCGAUUCCUUCGAUUUCCCCUUUGUGCAAGCACGAGCUCAGCAUCACGGCAUCGACAUGCUCACAGAGAUCGGGUUUGCGAAAGACAACGAGGACGAAUUCAAAUCACGUCCAUGUGCCCACAUGGACUGCUUUAGGUGGGUCAAGCGUGACAGUUAUUUGCCGCAAGGCAGUCAAGGCUUGAAGGCAGUGACAACGGCAAAGCUCGGCUAUAACCCAAUCGAACUCGACCCGGAGCUGAUGACGCCGUAUGCUAUGGAGCAGCCCCAAGUGCUCGCCCAGUAUUCCGUUUCUGAUGCCGUUGCAACAUAUUAUCUCUACAUGAAAUACGUGCAUCCUUUCGUGUUCUCGCUUUGUAACAUCAUUCCCCUAAAUCCGGACGAAGUGCUUCGAAAGGGGACAGGGACUUUGUGCGAGACUCUGCUGAUGGUUCAAGCAUACCAGAGCGCAGUUAUCAUGCCCAAUCGUCAUGAAGAGCCUUUCGGUAACACACAUGAGGGACAUCUACUAUCCUUCGAGACUUAUGUUGGAGGCCACGUCGAGGCGUUAGAGGCUGGGGUCUUCCGGAAUGACAUCCCGACGCACUUCAAGAUUGUGCCAGCAGCAGCUCAACAGCUGAUCGACGAUCUUGAUCGAGCGCUUCAGUUUGCAAUUGUCACCGAGUUCAAGACCACACUGGACGACGUAACGAACUACGACAUCGUGAAAGCGCAGAUCACUGCACUUCUCGAAGAGCUCCGUGACAACCCGAUGCGACAAGACAAGCCCCUCAUUUACCAUUUGGACGUUGCCGCCAUGUACCCCAAUAUCAUGUUGUCGAACCGUCUGCAGCCAGACUCCGUGGUAGACGAAGCGAUGUGCGCGGUGUGCGAUCAUAAUCGCCCGGGCAAGGAAUGCGAUCGCAGGAUGACCUGGGCAUGGCGUGGCGAGUUCUUCCCCGCAAAACGCGAUGAAGUUAACAUGAUCAGAUUUGCGCUGAACAAGGAGAUGUUCCCGCCGAAGUUUCCAGGAGGUUCGAAGCGACGCUACGUUGAUCUCAGCCCCUCUGAACAGAACGCUCUUCUACACAAACGUAUCGGCGACUAUUCUCGCAGAGUGUACAAGAAGACAAAAGAUACCGAAGUUGUUGUCAAGGAAGCCAUCAUUUGCCAGCGAGAAAAUCCUUUCUAUAUCAACACUGUUCGCAGUUUCCGAGACCGACGUUACGAAUACAAGGGUUUGCACAAGACCUGGAAGAAAAACCUCGACAAAGCCAAAUCAGCAGCCUCGAUGACACAGAUGGACGAAGCUAACAAGAUGAUUGUACUUUACGAUUCCCUGCAAUUGGCACACAAGUGUAUCUUGAACUCAUUCUACGGCUAUGUUAUGCGCAAAGGCGCUCGGUGGCAUUCCAUGGAGAUGGCGGGAAUCACAUGUCUGACCGGUGCCAACAUCAUUCAAAUGGCUCGUCAGCUGGUCGAACAAAUUGGGCGACCGCUGGAACUCGACACGGACGGUAUUUGGUGUAUGCUGCCAGGCACAUUCCCCGACAACUUCUUCCUCGAGACGAAAGGCGGGAAGAAACUCCAAUUAUCGUAUCCCUGUACCAUGUUGAAUCACCUCGUGCACGACCGAUUCACGAACCACCAGUAUCACGACCUGGUUGACCCAGCUACGGGGGCAUAUGCCGUACAUAGUGAAAACUCUAUCUUCUUCGAAUUGGAUGGGCCGUACAAAGCUAUGAUUCUACCAUCCUCUAAAGAGGAGGACAAGCUGCUCAAAAAGCGUUACGCCGUCUUCAACGAAGAUGGAUCACUUGCCGAACUGAAGGGCUUCGAAGUGAAACGUCGCGGCGAACUCCAGCUCAUCAAAAUCUUCCAGUCCGAGAUCUUCGAAAAGUUCUUAGGUGGCGAAACCCUCGACCAAUGUUACGCAGAAGUCGCCAAAGUCGCCGAUUCGUGGCUUGAUGUGCUUUACACAAAGGCAGAGGCUCUGACAGAUCAAGAGCUUGUCGAUCUCAUUGGCGAGUAUCGUAGCAUGUCUAAAACGUUGGCCGAGUAUGGUGCACAGAAAUCCACAGCCAUCAGCACUGCGAAACGUCUUGCCGAAUUCUUAGGGGCCCAGAUGGUGAAGGACAAGGGUCUUGCCUGUAACUUCAUUAUUUCGGCUAAGCCGCAAGGUGCUCCAGUAACUGAGCGAGCGGUGCCGGUAGCUAUCUUCUCAGCGGAGGAAUCGAUCAAACGACAUUAUCUAAGGAAGUGGCUGAAGGAUAAUAGCCUCAUCAAUUUUGAUAUGCGGUCCAUCCUCGAUUGGGACUACUACAUUGAGCGUUUAGGCGGUGUCAUCCAGAAGCUCAUUACUAUUCCCGCGGCCUUUCAGAAAGUGUCUAAUCCAGUACCUCGGGUUCGUCAUCCAGACUGGCUACAUCGGCGAGUCGCAGCGCAGGAGGAUAAAUUUCAGCAGCACAAGAUAACCAAUUUCUUCCAGUCUGGCCCCAAAGUCGUUGCCGCAUCGGCGGAUAUUGAAGAUAUGGCUGGGUCACAGGGCAAGGUACCGCGGGCCAAAGUCGCAGUGGUCACAAAGAAAGUGCCUUCCAAGAAGACGAAACCUCUCCCUGAUUUGAAGAAGAACUAUCCCGGUUGGUUGAAAGCUAUGCGGCGUAUCUGGAAAGUCAAGCGCGAAGAAAGACUCGGCGGCUCUACAGCUAUGAUAGUCCCCGCAAUGUUUCGUGGUACUCAAGUCCGGGAGGCCCGUUCCUGGGACAUCUUCCAGAUCCGACCCACAGACAAGCCAGGCCGAUUUAUCAUGUGGUUGCACACCGACACGGAAUUCAUGCCUAUUCCGCUCCGAGUACCGCGGCAAUUUUACGUCAAUUACAAGGAGAUGCCGGAAACUGGCACCUUCCUUCCUUCCUACCUCGCGGAGAACCUCACACGUACUCUACCGCACGAUCAACCCUGCUUGAAUCUGUUCCGGAUCACUGUGCCCGAGAGCCUGUAUUUGGAAGAGGAGUCACACUUUACUGGUCUCAUUGCUAACGUGAACGUCGAUGGCGUUUAUGAAAUGCAAAUACCUUCGGAUCUGCGAGCUGUUCUCAAACUCGGUCGCUCAUGCUCCAUCACACGUGAGGCCGGAAUUAACCUCAACCGAGCACGCUCAACCGGACUAGACCUACAUCAGCUUGAACGACCGUCAAAUACGAUGAUCAAAAGAGCAUACCUGGGAGGAGGGAAAACACUGAACUGUGCACUGCUCGUUCACUUCACUGGUGAUCGCCGACAUGUGUUUGCUCUGUUCCGCCCAGAUGGAACUGUUGGUUUACACCUAGUCGACCCUGCCCGGGAAAGGCAGCCUCCACAGAAACUGGAAGAAGCUUACAAGGCCAAGCUCGAAUUUCUACGCCAACGAAGACCUGAGUCGAUAUUUGAGACCGCCGUCGACUAUCCUGAGGACCUUGUCGUUGAUCCCGCAGUAUAUCACACGUCGGAAGACAGAGCUCUUAAGGCCGUCUUAGCAGCACUGAGCAAGAUGCCUCAACAUGCGUCCUUGCUUCUCAUCUCCUCUGAUAAGACCUUGUCGUACUAUGAGCAAGGUGUUCCGAAGAUCUCAACGUUCCCGGUGAUGAUGAUCCCGAGCCGACCAGGUGCACAUGGGAUGCCCGUAUUCUCGUGGCAGAAGAUCGUUGUGAGCCAUAUGAUGUCCCGCUACGUUUCGAUGGGAUCCUGGCUGUAUCAGGAGAUCCAACGGGCUGCAUACCAUGAUGUGCCGGUCGGCAAUGUGCCUGCAGAUCGUGAACUGUUCUAUGCGGAUGUUGACUUCUCACGUCGUCUCAUGGACCAAGAUAUUCUUUUAUGGUGGUCUUACACCAAUCGACCGGACCUAGGGGGCCGUGAGGAUGACAGUAAUAUCUCCGCUGAUGAGGUCUCCAAUCCCGAGAUUUCCGCCCCAGGAUGCUUCUCAAAUGUGGCCGUUGCAUUGCAACUGCAACAGCUCGCUGUGGACGCCGUCAUGCAGUCAGCCCUAGUGAACGAAAUGGAAGGCAGCGUGGGCGGAAAUGCGGCUAUUGGGGCAGCAUCGCACAACUUGGACGAGUACACUAACGGAGCCUCAGACGCAGCCAUCACACUAGGCGACAUUGUAUUACCUGCAUCAACAUUUGCUAUCCUGAAAGCUACGGUGAGGUCAUGGCACGGCGACAUGGUUCAUGGAAACAUGGACGCCAAGACGGUUCUCGAUCAUCUAUGGCGUUGGUUGUGCAGCACAGACGCUCGCAUGUUCGAUCCGAUAUUGCAGCGUUUCGUACACCAGCUGAUGAAGAAGACAUUCCUGCAGCUUCUGGCCGAAUUUCGCCGACUUGGCUGUAGCGUGAUCUCGGCGGACUUCAGCCAAGUCAUUUUGCUAACCUCCAAACCGCCCGGGACAGCUUCCGCCUUCUUGACAUAUCUCCUCACUGCCGUGGAAAAUCAGGAAUUAUUCCGAUACGUCAAUCUCCGGAUCGAUCGAGUUUACGACUUUAUGCUUUUCAUGGAUCGUAGUAACUUUGGCGGCUUUGUCCACGAAGAUCUAGCUGCACUCGACAAACCAGAUGGCACAGCAGCGCUGAUGAUGUGCUGGAACAUCCAGCGUUUCCUACCGCCUACCCUGCAGAAUGAUUUCGCACAGAUCAUUCGCAAGUUUAUGACCGACUUGUAUGAGGACAAGCAGAAACGCGGGCACAGUAGGACACCUCUCAGAGUCAUACAGAACUUGACACAGGACCAGACGGCUGUGGCAACGGCAGACAAGAUGCAGGAGGUCGAACGAGUGCGGAACUAUGUCUCGAAUCGCCUUACCCGUAGACUCCUGGCGAAGGUGCAACAGGUCGUCGAGCGCUACGAGAAAUCGACGAUGAGCGAGGCCCCUGAGGUAGAAGAAGACUUCGAGUUCCCCCUUCUCCCGGGCUCGUAUAUCAACUUCACCUCCCCUCCGGUCGAAUUUGUCAAGUUCGUGUGCGAAGUCCUCCGUCUACACAAAGACCUCUCCCUAGAAGUGGGCGUGCUGAAACGUAACCUACUAGAUCUGGUGCACGUACGCGAGUUCGCCGAUGAGGCACAAUUCAAGAACCCCUGUGAAAGCUUCAAGCUCCCCAUGGUGAUCUGCACCCAGUGUUCCAGCCAGCGAGAUAUGGAUUUCUGCAGGGAUGAGGACCUGUUCCCCGACCCCGGAUCGUCGAACCCCAAGACAUGGGCCUGUGCAGACUGCGGACACCCGUAUGAUCGGGCCGCUAUCGAGGUGUCCCUUAUUGACAGCGUGAGAAGGCUCGUAACCGCCUUCCAGCUGCAGGAUAUGCGGUGCGGGAAGUGCAAGCAGAUCAAGAGCGAUAACCUGAGCGCGUUCUGCGCAUGCUCUGGCACUUAUGGGCUCACGCUUGGGAAGCAGGAGACGAGGCGGCGCUUGCGGACGGUUGUCAAUGUUGCAGCGUUCCAUGGCCUCAGUUUGCUAAGGGACUAUACGGAAGGAGUACUGAUGCGGUGGUAGGAUCGGCGAUGACAUAUCCAUCCA